GUAAAUAAGUUAGAUUGUGUCAUCGUCAAAAUCAUAUGGUCAACAUCUAGGCAAAUUGGCAAUGAGGCCAAUUACAACAAACCUCUAAAAAAUCCUCAUUUCUUCUUGUUGUUGUUGUUCUUCUUCUACUUCUUCUUCUUCAAUUCCCACCUUUCUUAAGAUCAAUCAAUGGCUAUGACAACUGCUCUCUGCACUUGCUCAUUCCUUCACACCACCACACAAAAACCUCUACUUUCUCUCUCCUCUUCUUCCCACCUCUCACACUCUCUUCCCUACUUCACUCUCAACACCAAAAACUUGAACAAUUCAGCUUUAAAACCCACCAAUUCUUUCUCAAUUUCAGCAGUUUCUACCCCAAUUGCUGAAACUUCUCAACCCACUUCAUUAUCAAAUUCAAAACCCUCUAAAUCCCUUCCUUUUCGGGUCGGUCACGGGUUCGAUCUCCAUCGCUUGGAGCCGGGUUAUCCUUUGAUUAUUGGUGGUAUCGACAUUCCUCAUGAUAAAGGAUGCGAGGCUCACUCUGAUGGAGAUGUACUGCUUCAUUGUGUGGUGGAUGCUAUAUUGGGGGCAUUAGGGCUUCCGGAUAUCGGGCAGCUUUUCCCUGAUAAUGAUCCCAAGUGGAAGGGUGCAGCUUCUUCUGUUUUCAUCAAAGAAGCUGUAAGACUAAUGGACGAGGCUGGGUAUGAGCUUGGUAAUUUAGACGCCACCUUAAUUCUUCAAAGACCUAAAGUUAGUCCACACAAAGAAGCAAUCAAGGCCAACUUGUCUGCUCUGCUCGGGGUUGAUCCCUCCGUCUUGAAUCUGAAAGCAAAAACCCAUGAGAAGGUUGAUAGUCUCGGAGAAAAUAGAAGUAUUGCAGCUCAUACUGUGGUUCUUUUGAUGAAAAAGUAAAGGAACCAUCGCGAACCACAAAUAGAAGAUCAACAUCAUUGUAUUAUUCUCUCAUGUUGUAACCCAUUGGAAAGUCUCAUGUGUUAAGCCCUUUUGGUAGGUUCUUGGUGAAGAUAACUUGCCAAUUACCGUGUAUAGCAUUUUUACAGUUUAAACAUUAUUAUCUCAACCUUCAUUCAACGAAGGUUUGAUGCAUGCAUGUAUCAGUGUAAUACUAACAGAGUAUUGUGUAUAGCAUUUUAGCAGCUACAUGUUUAAGUCUGUUACUGGUUUCC